AGUGGUAUCGGUGCGGGGGUGAGGAACACUCUGUGUCAGACGGCUCUGGACAUCGUUAACCAGUUCACCGCCACACAGGCCAGCAGAGAGAUCAAACAGCUCCUGAGAGAUGCGUCAGCGGCGAUGCAGGUCAGAGCUCUGACAGAUUACUGCAACAACUACGACCUGACGAGCCUCAACAUCAAGACUGGAGACAUCAUCACGGUUCUGGAGCAGCAUUCUGACGGCCGCUGGAAGGGCUGUAUCCAUGACAACCGGACAGGAAAUGACCGCGUCGGCUACUUCCCCUCCAGCAUGGUGGAGGUGAUCAGCAAGAGGCCAGGCCCCUCCCUCUCCCAGCAGAGCCACACCCUCCUUCUACGUAGGCACGCCCCCUGUCCCUCCCCCUGCCUCGUUACCACGGUGAACGGCCAUCGCUCCCACAUGCUCCCACUGCCUCUUCCUCCUCAUCUUCCUCCUCAUCCUCCUCUCACGCAAACCACACCUCUCUUCUCCUCCUUUGGCUAUCCUCCACUCCUCCUCUCUCCUCCUCACCUCUCCACUCUGCCCCUGGGCCUCUCCACUCCUCCUCACCUCUCCACUCUGCCCCUGGGCCUCUCCACUCCUCCUCACCUCUCCACUCUCCCCCUGGGCCUCUCCACUCCUCCUCACCUCUCCACUCUGCCCCUGGGCCUCUCCACUCCUCCUCACCUCUCCACUCUCCCCCUGGGCCUCUCCACUCCUCCUCACCUCUCCACUCUGCCCCUGGGCCUCUCCACUCCUCCUCACCUCUCCACUCUGCCCCUGGGCCUCUCCACUCCUCCUCACCUCUCCACUCUGCCCCUGGGCCUCUCCACUCCUCCUCACCUCUCCACUCUCCCCCUGGGCCUAUCCACUCCUCCUCCUCCUCCUCACCUCUCCACUCUGCCCCUGGGCCUCUCCACUCCUCCUCACCUCUCCACUCUCCCCCUGGGCCUCUCCACUCCUCCUCCUCCUCCUCCUCCUCUCUCCUCUCCUCCUCUCUCUACAAGUCUGGAGCAGCCAAGCCUGCCAGGUUCUCGGGGCUCUGAGUCCAGUCCCCACGGCUCUCCCACACUGGGCCAGCAGGGCGGCGCCAGCGAGGAUGUCUGGGUCCUCCGGAAGCCCCUGGCAGGUGGUGACCGUAGCAGCAGUGUGGGUAGUCUGGGUAGCGUUCGUUCCCUCGGCAGCGUCCAGAGUCCUGGAAAUACACAACACGCCCUGAAUCCGGCUCCUCCGCCUGCCACAGCACACGCUACUAACACGCCAGCUGGCAGCCUGAACACACACGGCCUCAACGCUCCCGGGCUGCACGCGCAGGCGGAGGGAGUCAAGCUCCUAGCCACAGUGAUGUCCCAGUCAAUAAAGGCAAAGGAGCAUCUGUUGGAGCAGUCCAGGUCUGUGGAGCAGGCGGCAGCUGCAGCUAAGAGUCCAUCUGGUUGUCCUCCUCAAGAGCAGCGCUCCUUUGAACGUAAGGCAGAGGCAGAUAUGAAGAGUGAGGCGGUAGUGACCUGGUUGACUGAGUGUCAGCUGCAGUUCUACACCACUCACCUCCUCACCGCUGGCUAUGACCUAGACACCAUAGGCCACAUGACCCCCGAGGACCUGACAGCAAUCGGUGUAACUAAACCAGGCCAUCGUAAGAAGAUGACAUCAGAGAUCAGCCAACUGCCGUCUGGUGACUGGCUGCCUGACCACAAACCUGCCAGCCUGGCAGAGUGGUUGUCAGCGAUAGGGCUGAACCAGUACUACCAGGUUCUGGUGCAGAAUGGAUAUGACAACAUCGACUUCAUCACUGAGAUCAGCUGGGAGGACCUGAAGGAGAUCGGCAUCACCAAGCUGGGCCACCAGAAGAAGAUAAUGUUAGCAGUGAGGAGGCUGGGAAAGUUCCAGAGAGGAGAGAGUAUCUCUCAGCCUUCUACCCCUCCUUCUGGCUCCACUCCUCCCUCCUCCUCCACUCCUCCCUCCUCCUCCACUCCUCCCCCCUCUACGCCACUUCCCUCCACUGGGAGGGGUCAGAGGCCCCCCCUCACUAAACCCCGACCAGGGAUUGACUCCCCACCACACACACCCACCAAGACCCCCCCCUCCUCCCACAAGGCUCGACCCCACCCCUCCACCCAGCCCCCGCCAGCUGAUUCGCCAGUCCAAGAAGGGGGUGUGUCUGUUCCUUUACUCUGUCUGCCAAUGGAGGAGGAGCAUCGGCGAACUCAUAGCCUGAUUGGCUACUCGGGGUCCGAAGCCGACGCCCUCUCGGUUCCGGACUUCGCCCCUAGAUACGCCACGGUCUGCCGCAGCAGCUCGGCUCAACGCUCCGACCUCAACGACGCAACUGUCAACCGCAGCCAAUCAUCAGUCACGCUGCGGCCCAGGAGGAAAGGCCGGCCCCCGACUCCGCCCAAACGGUCGUGUUCCUCCAUCUCCGGGGGCGACGGGCUGGGGGAGGGGCUUGGGGUAGUAGGGUUCAGGGAGAGGAGAGCCAGCGACUGUGGAGGGCUGGCGGAGAGGAGGGGGGAGGCGGGGCUGGUGAGGUCAGAGGGGGCGGGGGGAAGCGUCCGGAGCAUCGCCGCCAUGUUGGAGACAUCGAUGGGAGGAGUUGGUCCUGGAGGGGGAGGGGCCAAGACCCUGCCCAGAACCAUGGGAGGCAGAGGCAGCUACCUCAACCCUACACAGGUUAGUCCGGCGGCGCUGCGUCGCCAGGCCGGGUCAGGUGGUCUGGGGUCUGAUGAUGAUCUCAUGAAUCGCCGUCGAACCAUCAGCGGUCCGCUCACCGACCAGACAGACUCCGCCCAGACCCAGUCCCCGCGGCAACACACUGAGCUACGCCCAGAACCACGCCCACGCUCCACGGUCGUCACGCCGACAGGAGAAGGGCUUAUUACGGAUGGAACAGCGACCAUCAACCGAAGGAGAAAGCCCCACCCCCCCAACUAUUCUGACGCAGAGAAGUUCCAUCUGACGGAGACAGACACCAUUCGGCGACGCCCACGCAGCCGCGAGCACAGCAACGACCAAUCAGACGACAGCACAACCAGCAGGAGCCAACCAGAGAUUAGCACAACCAGCGUCGACCAACCAGCGAGCUUCACACCUGGCAGCGGCCAAACAGACAGCAGCAGGAAGAGCAUUGACCAACCAGAGAGCAGCAUUGACCAAUCCCAUCGCAGCCAGUUGGCCCCCCAGCAGGUGAACGGAGGGGUCGACCAAUCACACCGCGUCGUCCUGCGGAGGCGGCCCGGGUCGGCGGCUGAGGGGGAGGUGGCCUCUCGCAGGGAGGGCUGUGAUAGGCCAGAAGUCAGGAAGCCGCUAAAGCCGCCGGUGUCGCCCAAACCCUCGAUGGCGGCCGUGAGGAGACAGCAGCAGGACCCCCCCACCCCGACCAGACGCGUCCCCUUACCUGGACCUGAAGCUGACAGUCCUGCAGAUCCGAGGUGGAUGCCUCCCCCAGUCUCCUUCAAACCCUGUCCUCCUCCUACCGGUCCGAAACCCACCAAGUCCUCGCUCUCCUCCCCAACACCUCCCCCUAGACCUCUCCCUGUUCCAGACACCCUCACCCCUCCCUCCCUGUCCCCUGGCCCCCCUUGCACCUCCUCCUCCUCUCCCGCCACCAGCCCCUCCACGCCCCAGACCCCCUCCACCCCCGGUUCCACCCCCCACCCCGUCAAGCCUCCCCGCUCCUCCAUCGCUGGCCUCUCUGUCGACCUGCUGGUGGGGAGGGAGGGGGAGGAGAGGGAGGAGAGGGUGGAAGAAAGACUAAAAGAGGACCGGAGAGAAGUUGAGAAGGUGGAGGAGGAGAGGAGAGUUGAGAGAAGGAGAGAGAAAGAGGAGGUGCAGGAGGAGAGGAGAGUUGAGAGAAGGAGAGAGAAGGAGGAGGAGAGGAGAGUUGAGAGAAGGAGAGAGAAGGAGGAUGAGAGGAGAGUUGAGAGGAGGAGAGAGAAGGAGGAGGAGAGGAGAGUUGAGAGAAGAAGAGAGAAGGAGGAGGUGCAGGAGGAGAGGAGAGUUGAGAGGAGGAGAGAGAAGGAGGAGGAGAGGAGAGUUGAGAGAAGGAGAGAGAAGGAGGAGUUGAUGGAGGAGGAGCAGACCAAGGAGGAGGCUCCAGCCCAAGUAGGGGAGGUGAAAAAGGAGGAGGAGGUGAAAGAGGAGGAGGAGGAGGUGCAUCAUCAGAGGUUGGAGGAGACCAGCGCCUCCCUGGCUGCAGCUCUGGAAGCUGUGGAGCAGAAGAUUAACCAGGAUCACACACACAACCAGUGAGGAGACACACACACACACACACACACACACACACACAC